UUCAGAUUGGAGCAGGCGGGGUUGUGUGUUUGUGUGUAUGUCACACAAUGGAUCGCUUAAGCCAAAUGGGAGAAUAAUGGAAAAGUGCUCGAUUUAAAAUUGGAAAUGAAACCAAAUUAGACAGUCGUCGUUCGGCGCAGCGGGGGUGAUUCUAUCAAGUAUUAAUUUUCCUUCGUCGACGUCGUCGCCGUCGCACUAAACCGAUCACCGGUGGCAAGUUAAGACGCGUUCGGUGAAAAUCAGGUGUAAUUAUCGCUGGUAGCGCGGAUUUUAACUGUAAUUGAUAAGCGAAUUUGUUCGGCCGUUUUUUUUUUUCCUGGGGAGGGAUUGUCGGAUUUGUGCGCGCGUGUUUCCGAGGCUUGGCCCAGAUGCGGAAAUGGUCACGACAGCAGAUCUGACCGAAUGGAUGGAACUGUUGAACGCCAUUGUGUUAUUAUAGAACCAUCGGACCGCACCAUUCAAUUCUAUCCACUGGAGUCGGUCAGUUUGAAAAGCAGUAUAGACACACACAAAAAAAUAUUCACUGUGCCGCUAGCUGAGUUGUGCUGCAAUCGACGAUACACGAACAUGCUUCAGUUCCUGGAUGCAACAACCGCAUCCGCAGUGGUGGCACACCCACAGCCUCCCCCCGACGCCCCCGGCUUCGAGGACGUCCAGGUAAUAAACGGAAACCAGCAGCAACAUGAGCCAGAAAAACACCCACAAAGCGGUGCUGAGUUAAAGUGCGAGGAAGAAUGCGACUCGAGUCUCGAAAACGACAAACGGCUGCCCCCGGGGGCCGAAGAUGAUGGUCCACGAGAGAACGCCGAGUACAUGAAUAUUGUUAACGAAAGCGACGAAUCUCGCUAUAUGCUGAUGUACAAAUGUAAGUCUUUUCUUUGGAAGUUGGAGCAACUGCGGCUGGAGUUCACUACUGCUUCCAAGCAGGAGAGGAAGGAUGAGCCGGAGGAGGACGAAAAUUCAUAUCUGGAGAUGUGUGGUGUGGGACAUAAAAAUGAUAUUAAUUUAACACAACCGACGGAUAGGAUUGACUCUGGCUGUGAGAAUUUUGAUAGCAACGUCCACGAACACGUUCUCGGCAGUGACAACGUGGCAAAGCUCGGCCCCGAGGAAGCUAGCAACUCCGACAUAAUCGAGGAACAGUUGAAUGAGGAGGAAAACUGUUAUGAUUUUACAACCGAUAGCUGCCUGUACGAUGAUUGCUCCGAGCUGAAAUUGAAUAACGCCGGGAACGUGGUUUUCCCGGUGGAGGACAACAGCAGCGGCAGCAACAGCAGCAAAAGCUGUCCCUUUAGCGGCCUGCCAGCGGCACAUCUGCGUAUCAAGCAAUCUCCGAAACAUGGCACUCUUUUCAGACUGGAGAAGCGUCUAUUCUUCGAUCAGUCGAAAAAAUUCUACGUCGGUCUGCUGGACCGGUGGCUGCUUCUGUACAACAGCUGCAACGAACUGAAGCCAGCUCAGUGUAUUCAGAUUAAAGACAUCAAACUGGAUUUGAGCCUAAACGACCAAAUCAACGAGAAGAAUCAAUUUCACAUUAUCACCCCGGACGACGCAAAACUUUGCUUCCUCACGCCGAGCUUCAAGGAGCUGAACGAAUGGGUGGUGGCCAUCCAGCAGAAUCUGCUCAUCAAAAGUGACUCCCAGCCCGGUGCUCGCAAAUUGCCUCUUCCUCCAACGCCGGAAUUCGGCACCGGCGAUGAAACCGACAGCGGUUCGGAUCAAAAGGAUCACGACGACGGCAUCUACGAGGAACCGCAGCAGAUUCUGCACAGCAAACGGAACUCGUCCGGCACCCGGAACGAGCACAAUUAUGACACGCCAAAGGCAACCGCCGAGGUUGGCCACAACCUCAACCAGCAGCACGCGAAAGCUAGUCCAACUAAAAUAAUUAAUGUCUCUUCGCCGACGAUUUCACCGUCGUCAGGCAAAGCAAACAAAUGUGAGCCAAUUUGCCAGCCACCGGUGCCAACUGUUGCAAACGUUUCCGGAACCCCGACCAAUGGCUCAACCACCCCGGCAGUGACGACGCCGACGACGACGACAACUCCGGUCAAAAGUUGGUUGUUUAAUCGUUUCAAUAAAUCUCCCGAUGCCGGCUUCGACCAAAAGCAGCUGGUUAGAAAGCCACCCACCCCGAAGAAGUUGACCCUUCAGGGCACGGACAACUCGCCUGCGUCGUCCUCAUCGCUGGCAGAUGUAACGGCAAAACCGAGUCUAACCAGUCCGAUCAAAAUGCCAUCGGUCACGGUGCCAUCGGCUGCCGCCCAUAAGGGAAGCAAAAUAAAUAUGAUAAUUAGUCAGCUGGAGGCCAACGGUCAACUAAGUUUGCUGUCAAAAAGUUGGAACGAGAGUCCGGGCAAAAGGAGAACUUGGUGUGCCGCCGAGGAAUGAAUGUUUCUGAUCCCCUGUAUUGCGAUUGUUGAAUGUUUUGAG